GCUAUUCGCGUUAAAAACCGCGCAAAUCCCAGAAAAAUCGGAAUAAGAAAGAAAAAGAAACCCUAACCCGCCUCAGUCCUAUCCACUACGGGGCUCCAUGGCCGCGGCCGCCGCCACGCUACACUUCUCCCUUCGCGGCCUCGAGCUCCGGCGAGGUCUUCACCGGAGUCCGGCGAUCGUCGGCGGGGGCGUCUCCUUCUCGAGGCCGUUGAUGUGCCGAUCCUUUAGAUCGGAAAACGGUGGGGAGAGCUCCAGUGAGGGAGAUGGGGGGAGGAGAGAAGUGGUGGUUGAGAGUGGAUCGCCUAGUUCGAAGAAGAAGAAGGGUGCUCUUUAUGCUCUCAAAUCGCUUCUCGUUGGGGCUCUGGGAGCGAAAUCGGGGUACGAGGGCCAUUACAAGAAGGCGGUGGAGAGGGCGGAGGAGAUAUUCUUCUCGAUUGCCACACAGGUAGGGAGAUAUCUUGUAACUAUGAUGAGCACUGGGGCUAUACUUGCAAUAGGAUUUCAGCUGUCAGGUGCGGACAGUCAAAUGAAUACAUUAAUUUGGUAUAGCUGGCUUGGGGGAAUUAUAAUUGGCACAAUGAUUGGGGCCAAUUUGGUUUUGGAAGAGCACUGUAAAGCUGGACCUCGCAAUGUUGUCAUAACUGGAAGCACAAGAGGGUUAGGGAAAGCACUAGCUCGUGAGUUUCUUCUUUCUGGAGACCGUGUUGUUGUUGCUUCGCGCAGCCCUGAGUCAGUCAAUCAAACUGUGGAAGAAUUGAGAGAAAACAUAAAGGAAGGCUUGUUGGUUGCUAAAGGGAAAGUCAGAGAAAGAUUGACUCAUGCCAAGGUUAUCGGUAUUUCGUGUGAUGUAUGUAAACCAGAAGAUGUGCGAAGAUUGGCCUCCUUCGCUGUAGAUGAACUUGGUUCAGUUGAUAUUUGGAUUAACAAUGCUGGCACAAACAAAGGUUUUAGACCUCUGUUACAGUUCACAGAUGAGGAUAUUGACCAGAUUGUCUCUACAAACUUGGUUGGUUCGCUACUCUGCACAAGAGAAGCUAUGCAUGUAAUGGAAUCACAGGAGAAAGGUGGUCACGUCUUCAACAUGGAUGGGGCUGGUUCUGGGGGUUCAAGCACACCAUUGACCGCUGUGUAUGGCUCAACGAAAUGCGGUCUUAGACAGCUCCACGCAUCGCUUCUUAAAGAGUCUAAGCGAUCAAAAGUUGGCGUCCACACAGCAUCUCCUGGAAUGGUCCUCACUGAUUUACUUUUGAGCGGCUCAUCUCUGAGAAACAAACAAAUGUUCAACAUUAUCUGUGAGCUACCAGAAACAGUGGCAAGGUCAUUGGUUCCGCGUAUGCGAGUUGUAAAAGGAAGCGGAAAGGCAGUUAAUUACUUGACACCACCUAGAAUCCUGCUUGCUUUAGUUACUGCAUGGCUUCGUCAAGGCCGUUGGUUCGAUGACCAGGGAAGAGCACUGUACGCAGCCGAGGCCGACAGGCUCCGCAACUGGGCCGAGAGCCGAGCACGCUUCUCCUUCACAGAUGCGAUGGAGAUGUAUGCAGAGAACACUUGGGUCUCCGUAUUCUCUCUGUCGGUCGUAUGUGCCUUCAUCAUACUUUCCAGUUCUGCUGGCCCUUUCCAUGGAACUUGAAGUUCCUUUCGAAGAAGCCACCUCCAUAAAAAAGUGCUUUUCACUUGCAUCUUUCUACAAAAAGAAAACAUUGACAUUAUACUCAAGCUAGGGCAAAUGCAAACUCGAGUUGUGAAGCUACAGCUGAGAAGGGGAGGAUCAUUAACUUCGCCUUUUUGAUCUAACCAUGUGGUAUUUACAUGCAAGCCCUUCAGCAGGGGUGGUAUCAUCACCAUUUUACCUCACAGAGUGGGCAUUCCACUUUUGCAAAGUUCUUUGUGUAUGUAUUUUACUUCAAUGAAUAUUGUGGCUUAACGUCACAUUUGAAUCAAUCUCCAAUCUCCAUAAACUGCUAAAGCAUAUAUGUAAGUUCUCAUUUUACUAAUUUAUAUUUUCGAAACAUUAAUAGGGCUUUGACCGUAAGUUCUCUGGAAUGAGGUACCUAAGCAGCAGUUUUUGUUUU